AUGUGGCGGCCGCCUGUGAAUCGGCUGAUGAAGACUCUGGACCGAGCAUUCUUCCAAAGCACCAUCAAUAUAAAAGCCGCGAGAGUUUUCGACAACAAAAAUAUCUUCAAAAUCCGAACGGCACUUGAACGCAGCAAGGAUGUCCUCGUUCAGGAGCGAAUUGGCAGCGUCCAUCCAGAUCCCGAUACCGACCUGGCCAAAACUGGAAGGAAAUGCAUCUUGCUCAGACCCGAAGUAAGGAUAUCAGACGAUGCAGRAUCUACAAGUACUCCCUGGCCACACUCCACCACCCUCUCAGAACUCAUCAAAGAUGAGCUCGUCACCGUCAUCCCCUACCAGCUCCAGCUCGACUACGACUACUGGACCUACCAUGAUAUCAUGUCCGCAAUCCUCCCCGAAGACGAACAAGGCGAGAUUCCCUCCGGUUUCUCCCAAGUAGGCCAUGUAGCCCAUCUCAACCUCCGCGACGAAUACCUCAAACACAAACACAUUAUCGCCGAAAUCAUCAUGGACAAGAACCCCGGUGUCAAGACUGUCAUCAACAAAAUCGAUGAUGUCGGCGAGGAGAGCGAAUUCCGAACGUUCAAAUAUGAAGUCCUGGCGGGUCCAGAUGAUCUCAAUGUCAUGAUUUCCGAAGAAGGCUGCAAUUUCAAAUUCGACUACAGCAAAGUGUACUGGAAUAGCAGACUCAACACCGAGCAUCGCCGACUAGUCGCGACAUUCAAAGAAGGCGAAGCAGUCUGCGAUGUCAUGGCGGGAAUCGGCCCCUUUGCAGUACCUGCAGGAAAGAAGAAGAUUUUCGUCUGGGCAAACGAUCUCAACCCCGACAGUUACGAGAGCCUCCAAGACGCCAUUAAGCGGAACAAGGUCGCGGAUUUCGUACGACCGUUCAACGAGGAUGGUCGAACGUUCAUUCGCACCGCCGUCGCUGAGUUGGCCGAACAAGAUCGAACAGUAGAAGUCACCAAGAAAUCCUCACGAAAAGAUCCCGCUGCGAAACCUGCAGUCCUGCAAACUCUCCGACAACCACGCACCUUUUCCCAUUUCGUACUCAAUCUCCCCGCGUCUGCCAUAAGCUUCCUCCCAAGUUUCGUCGGCAUGUUCCCAGAAUCCGUUCGGAAGAACUUGGGUGACGAGAUUCGAAUGCCGCUCAUUCAUGUCUACUGCUUCAGCACAAAGAGUGAUGAUAAUGUUGAGGAAGGGAUCAAGAUUUGCGAGGAAAUUAGCAGGCAAAUACAGUAUGAGAUGAAGCCUGGGAAAAUCGAAGAUGGGGGUGUGGAGAUUUAUGAUGUGAGAGAUGUAGCACCGAAGAAGAGGAUGUUUUGUGCGAGUUUUAGACUACCAGAGGAGGUUGCUACGAGGACGGUUGAAUGA